AUGAUUUUAUUUAUAGAGUUAUUAUAUGAUUACACUUCUGUCUUAAAACUGCUCUUCAAUUUAAGAUUGAUUGAACAUCUUGUCGGAAAACGAAUACGUGGGAGUCGUGUAGAAUACCUAGUGAAAUGGAAAAAUUGGUCUGACGAACAUAAUACAUGGGAACCAGAAAAAAAUAUAUUAGACAAACGAUUAAUUGAAUCAUUUGAAAAACGUGAGAAACGUAAGAAAGCACAACAAGAAUUAAAUUCACACGAACGAAGUAUUAGUUCAGAAAGUCAACGAUCUUCAUCUUUAAAUUCACCAGAUAAUAAGCACUAUGAUUACCAUCAUGACAAUAUUUCUAAAUCUAAAGAGAAUGUAUCAAUGAUCACAAGUCCAGAAAGAGUGUUAUGUUCACGUGGUACAAUAGAAUGUGAAAGUCCUAUUUUAUCAAAAGCUUCAUCAGUUUAUACUGAUCCAAUUCUUUCUACUUUCCUUAAUACUGCUACUACCUCUACAAAAGUUAUUUGCAAUGAUGAUUCUGAUAAUGUCAUGAAAAAUAUUCCAACAUCUUCAUGUUCACCAAAUUUAUCGAUAGAUCCUAUGACCAGUAAUAGUAGUACUAGAACAACACCGAAUUCGAUUAGCUCACCAAUUAAUAUUGAAUCAAACAAUAAUAAUAAUGAUUUGUGCUUUGAUCGUCGUUUCCGUCGGACAACUUUACUUGUUGCUGCUGCUUCUGCUUCCGCGGCUAAUGCAGCUGCUGCAUUAGCACAUUCUAGAAUAUCUGGAAGACAAACACAACAAACUACUAAUAUUGCUCAUACGGAAAACUCUCAACCUGUUAUCAGUCCGUCUCCAGCGGACAUAACUAGAAAUAUAACCACUAGUACUACAAACAGUACUACUACUAGUAGUAGUUGUGGUACUAUCAGUACUACGACUACAGUUACAACUUUUAAUGUAACAAAUGAAGAAAGACCAAAGAUUCGUCUGACUAUACCGCGUGAUCGUAUAUUACCUUGUCCACCAGUAGGUGUAUCAAGUAAUUCUUCUUGUAAUAGUCAAAAUUCUUCACAAUUAACUAGUUCAUCUAUAGAAGAUUCAGAUCAUUCAUCUUUUCUCGAAUUGUCUACUGCACUCAAACAUGAUGAUUCGAUUUCAACUGCGACAACAACUACAACACAUUUUAUUGCGCCAGUUGAAUUACCACGUCGAAGUAGUACAACUUUAUCACCACAUACAUUUAAUCCAACCGGAGGCAUGCGUCUUCCAGAGAUUCAAAUUGAAAAUUCUCCACAAUCUUUUUACACAGAUACAAUUGGUACAUUGAACACUUGUAAAUCACCCAAAUGGACUAAACAGACACCUUGUAUAAAUACGUCAAAUAUCAUGCAAUUGCCUAAACUAUUUAUUUCUUCUACUACAAUCUCUUCAUCAUCAUCAACACCAUUCGAUCUAAUUAUUUCUACAAAAAAGCGUCAUCGGCAAUUUAGAUCUGAAAGUUGUUUAUCUUCUCCAGGAAAUGAAGAAUAUGAAUGUACUAAAAAACGUAAACAUUCACAAAAGAAAGACAAGCGUAAACGACGUCAUGAUCAAACUUCUGAUUGUUAUUAUCAUCACCAAAAAAGUGGUUACUCUUCAUCAUUCGAAGAUUAUAAUGUGAAUGUGAGUAAAAUACGUCGACGUUCCGGUUCAUCUACCUCAUUAACAUCAUCAUUAUCGACAGAUAGCUUUUCACCGACUAUUUCAAAUAAUACAUCACCUAAUGAAGAUUUUCCACGUUUAGCUCCAUUACGUAUACAUUUACCAAGAUCGCUCACUACACAAUUAUCUGGGCCGGAUAGUUUAUGUUCAUAUACUGACAAUCAUCAUGAAUCACUGACUGAUUAUCAUAAUCAUCAUCCUACACAUAGACUUUCAUCAUCAUCUUCAUCGUCAACUUCCUCAACUUCGUGUAGAACAACAAUUUCUACGAAACAUUCAAAUGAUAUGAUCAUUGGACAAAAUCAUAUGUUAUUACAUAAUACAACAAAUCAAAUUCAUUCAAAUUAUAGAAAACAAAUUCAUCUUGUGCCAGAAAUGUGUAUCACUGAUAUAACUGUUGAUGGUUUAACUAUUAGCAUUAAAGAAUGUAGUGGUCCAGGAAAUUUUUUCGGUAUACCAACUAGUCAACUUGUUCAACAUAAUUGUUAUAAAAAUGAAUAUAUUACUAAUUCUGAUGAUGAUGAUGAUGAUUUUACCACCGUGACUACAGUUAUUGAUUCGUGCAAAAUUCCAAAUACUUCAAUAGAUGAUAAUUUAAUCAUUAAUAAUAAUAAUAAUAAUAAUAGUAUUAGUGAUCUCACUACAAAAAGUGUAGAUAAUGUUAAUUUAUGUGAUAUUAAACAGGGAAAUGUGGUUAGUAAUGAUAAUGAUAAUAUAUUACAAAAGUAUGUAAAAAAAAACUCACUCAGUCAAUAUGCAGAUGAGAAUGUUGCCCCGGAUCAACAACAAAAUUGUAUAAAUUAUACUGUAAAUCAAUCAAAUCUAGACAUGUCUGAUCUGUCAUUACAUUCCAUUUCGCCAAUUUCCAAUCCUUCACCAUUAUUAACAUCAUCAUCACCGGACACCACGUGUUCAGUUGCUGUCACGUCAUUACCAUCAUCAUCACCUGAGAUUAAUAAUCUUCAACUAAGUACAAUUUAUGAAGAAACUGAGACGUCAUCUACGACUAUCUCAUCAGUAGUAUCACUUGAAAAUGAACAUAAAAUUAAAAAUGAAACAAUCAUCGAAAGCUGUUCUACACCAAAUCCAACAGUGAUCAAAUCUGAAAACGAACUGACAAUUAACCCAUCAACUUCACCGAUCAUUGUUAAUAACACACCAGUCCCUCAUCAUUAUCAGCUCCAUCGUCAUCAACACCUGAGAUUGUAUUAG